AUGCAUAAACAAUUGCACAGCAAAAUGCCUGCAAUGAGACAACAUGCUUCUGCAGCUAUUUUCUUGGUAUUUUUCUUUGGUUUGAGUUUUGCUGAACAAAAUCUGGCAGAGUUACAAGAACGGAAUUCAACAUGUAUGAAAACACUGCUGAGAAAUUACCAAGGGCUACCAAUUCAACUCAACGCAAGUGAAAAUUGCAUCUGGGAAAUAAAGGGAGAAAGGGAUAUGAACGAAACCAUUCGACUAAUUUUUUCUUAUGUGGAAUUUAGCCCACUGUCCUCAUGUGACGAAGAAUAUAUUGAAGUAUAUGACGGUCCCUCGACUAAUUCAUCUGUCUUAGGAAAAAUAUGCCGUACUCAAGACUCAGUAUUUCACUCAUCAUCUUCGACUUUAACGUUUCGCAUAUCAACAGAUUCCACAAAUUUUACACGAAAGAUCUAUGCAUUUUAUUACUAUAUUUCACCAGAAACACCUGUUUGCGGAGGUUACUUUACUAGCCCAGAAGGAACAUUCACCAGCCCAAACUACCCCAAGAAACACCCACCGUUUACGUAUUGUGUCUGGCAUAUAGAAACAGAACCAUAUACCAAGAUAAAUUUAAUUUUCAAGGACAUACUGAUAGAAGUUGAUGAAAAGUGCAGAUAUGAUUUUCUCGCCAUUUAUGACGGUCCAAGAUCUGAUUCUCCUUUAAUCAAAAAAGUGUGCGGUCAUUUAACUCCAACAUUUACAUCUUCGUCUAAUGCUAUGACAAUUGUGAUGUCUACGGACUAUGCUAAUUCUUACAGGGGCUUUUCAGCUCGCUACACAACUAUACCAAUAUCACAACCUAACACAUCCCUCAGUUGUUCUUCAGACAACAUGAUAAUUACUCUCAGCAAAUUUUACUUGGCUUCGCUCAACUAUAAUGCAAGUGUCUUACAUCUGAAUGACGAAACUUGCAAACCUAUUUCUUACAACCCAGUGAUAUUUUCUUUUCCAAUCAACAGCUGUGGAACAAUUAAAAAGACUGAAGGUCAAAGCAUCUCUUACAGCAAUAUUGUAACUGCCUACCCAACAGGCAUUGUGGUCACCCGCCAAAAGAAAGUUGAAAUUGUUGUGAAAUGUAUAAUGGAAAACAAUUCAACAGUAGAAGUUGUAUAUGUAACAGAAAGUGAACAUUUAGACAACACAACGACUGCGGGUAAAUACAAUCUCAGCAUGUCGUUCUAUGAAACAGACUCUUUCUCCAAACCAAUAUUUGAAACUCCAUACUUUGUUGACUUGAACCAAAUGCUCUAUGCACAGAUCAGCCUACAUUCCAGUGAUCCAAAUCUGGCAGUAUUUGUGGAUACUUGCACAGCAUCUCCAGACCUUAAUUCUAAAUCACCUAAAUAUGAUUUAGUUAAAAGUGGCUGCACUAAGGAUGAUACUUUUAUGGCCUAUCCCAUCCUUGAGCAUUUUGGGAGAUUCAGGUUCAGAUCCUUCAGAUUUCUAAAACAUUACCCAUCUGUUUAUCUUCACUGUGAAGUUUUAAUUUGCGACAGCAAGGAUUCUAAUUCUCGCUGCACCAAAGGUUGCAUUUCUCGGCAUAAAAGAGAGAUUUCUUCCUACAAAUGGAAAGGAGAUGCUGUGAUUGGACCCCUCAAACUGAAAAGAGAAGGAAGUUCCAUGGAUCGCUCAGGUGAGAAUGUUUUCUUGGAGUUGAUUACAUCAGUAGAUUUAACAGGUUUCAUUGGGAAUUGUUUAAGAGCACUUUCAGUAUUACAAAUAGCAAUCAAAGCAUGCUACCACUGAAUUGCA